UAUGGACGCAGCACUAUUUUCUUUCCUGGCCUUCGUUUCCAUACAUAUUGUGUCAGCUUCUGUUGUCAACACAACAAUCGGUGAAAUUCAAGGAACAGAACUCUUGCGUUUUGGGGUUGAGACGUUUCUUGGAAUUCCGUAUGCUGAGGCUCCGGUGGGGAGCCUUCGGUUUAAACCUCCAGUCAGGAAAAACCGGAUGGACAGUACGUAUCAGGCAGUGACCAACGAGUACAUCUGUCCCCAGGAGAGGGAUUUAAUUGUCCGAACUGGAAAUGUUACGAUCACAGAGGAUUGUUUACGAUUAGAUAUUUACAAACCGUUCCAGGCUUCAAAGAACAAACCGGUGCCUGUGAUGAUUUGGAUUCAUGGAGGAAGUUUUAUUACAGGGGAUAGUCAAUCGUAUAACGGAGUCUCAUUGGCUACAGAUUAUGACGUCAUCGUCGUCGUCAUCAAUUACCGCUUAGGAAUCUUUGGAUUUCUUGACACGUUGGAUGAAAAUGCUGUUGGAAACUUCGGCCUUCGAGAUCAGUGUUCUGCCAUAGAAUGGGUUAGCGAGAAUAUCGAAGAAUUUGGUGGGAAUUCCAGUAGCGUGACGAUUUUUGGAGAAAGCGCGGGGUCUGCCUGCGCCAUGCAACUUGCGCUGUCAUCCUUGUGUUAUGGGAAGUUCCAUCGAAUCGUUGCACAAAGCGGAACGGCUUGGAAUCUUUGGAGUCAUAAUAGACAACCAUUGAAGCUGGCACGAGACACUGCAACCAAGGCCGGAUGUCCUAAGAAAACUGGGCCCUUGGUGAAAUGCCUGAGGGAGAAGCCGAUGCAGGAGCUAGUACGCCUCCAGACGUCUCAGUUUAUUUGGCUGCCAACUUAUCGACCGGAUGUAUUCCCGGAGGAUCCAAUAAGUGUCAUGAAAAGUCCGGCAUCCUCUGAUGUUCUAAACAGAUUUCGAUCUCUUGACCUUUUAAUUGGGGUCAAUAACGAGGAAGGUGAAUUUGCGAUUACCUUUGAAAUUACAGGUCAGAUUUUUGGUACCAUCACUAACAAAUCUGCCGCCCUUAUAUCGGACGAUGCGUUGGACGGGAGGAUGCGAAGCAAUCUUGAAAUUUUUGUCACACAAGACUAUAACAUUACCAAAAAUCUUCUUCCCAUGCUGAAGUAUGAAUACACUGACUGGAAAAAUCUAGAGGAACUUUUCGCCAACACGCGGACGAUUAAUCGCUUUAUGGGAGACCUACUCUUUGUAGUUAAUGCCGUGCAAGCAGCUCGCUACCACGCAGGCGAUGUGGCCUCUCCUCAAGGUGCAUAUCACUCAGGAAACACCUACUUUUACCAGUUCGUCCACAAGAGCUCCUGGCUGCCGGUAUACCCAUGGACCGAUGGGGCCACUCACGGGGAUGAACUGCAGUACCUAUUUGGCUUCCCAGAUCCCUCAAACGCCACCCCGGAAGAAACGCUCCUCUCGAAGACGGUAAAGGAAUACUGGACAAACUUCGCAAAAACGGGGAGCCCAAAUACCCCAAAUAGGAGCUACAUCCAAACAACAUGGCCGUUAUUUAAUACCGCCACGCAACGAUACGUCAAACUUGAUGUGAACAUGUCGCAUGACUCAACAUCCAAGUACCCGUAUGCCAGGAGAGUUGCAUUAUGGGAAUGCUUGGUUCCCGCUCAAGAAAAAGCUUUUGAAAAGUCGAGAAACAUAGUGGAUGACACAAAAUGCAACACGGCUACAAAGACAAUUGGUAGUAUAGCGUACGGCUGUCUGCUACAUGUAGUUAUUACCGCUGGCAUAAAUGUAAGAAACUUUUUGUAAUAUCAAUUAGCAUAAUCCAGCGCCCGCGGGAAACCCACGACCAUCCGCAGGCUGCUGACAAACCUUCCCACGUACGA